AUGAGCUAUUACGGCAGCAGUUAUCAGACUGUGAAUGUGGACCCCAAAUACCCAGGCUACCCACCAGAGCACGUUAUAGCUGAGAAGAGAAGGACGAGAAGACGUCUGCUCCACAAAGAUGGCAGCUGUAAUGUGUAUUUUAAGCAUAUUUUUGGAGAAUGGGGGAGUUAUGUGGUCGACAUUUUUACCACUCUUGUGGACACCAAGUGGCGCCAUAUGUUUGUGAUAUUUUCUUUAUCUUACAUUCUCUCUUGGUUGGUUUUUGGUUCCAUCUUUUGGCUAAUAGCCUUCCAUCAUGGAGACCUGUUAAAUGAUCCGAACAUCACACCUUGUGUGGACAACGUCCAUUCUUUCACGGGGGCUUUCUUAUUCUCCCUUGAGACCCAGACCACCAUAGGGUAUGGCUACCGCUGUGUCACUGAAGAAUGCUCUGUGGCAGUGCUCACGGUAAUCCUUCAGUCUAUCCUAAGUUGCAUCAUAAAUACCUUCAUCAUUGGAGCUGCCUUAGCCAAAAUGGCAACGGCUCGAAAGAGAGCCCAGACCAUUCGUUUUAGCUAUUUUGCACUCAUAGGCAUGAGAGAUGGGAAGCUUUGUCUCAUGUGGCGCAUUGGUGAUUUCCGACCAAACCAUGUGGUAGAAGGAACAGUGAGAGCCCAACUUCUCCGCUACACAGAAGACAAUGAAGGGAGGAUGACAAUGGCUUUUAAAGACCUCAAAUUAGUCAAUGACCAGAUCAUCCUCGUCACACCUGUAACGAUUGUUCAUGAAAUUGAUCACGAGAGCCCUCUGUAUGCCCUUGACCGCAAAGCAGUGGCCAAAGAUAACUUUGAGAUUUUGGUGACAUUUAUCUAUACUGGUGAUUCUACUGGGACAUCCCAUCAAUCUAGAAGCUCCUAUGUUCCCAGAGAAAUUCUCUGGGGCCACAGGUUUAAUGAUGUCUUGGAAGUCAAAAGAAAGUAUUAUAAAGUGAACUGCUUACAGUUUGAGGGAAGUGUUGAAGUAUAUGCCCCCUUCUGCAGUGCCAAACAAUUGGACUGGAAAGACCAGCAGCUCCACAACAUGGAAAAGGUAACGCCAAUUCGAGGAUCCUGCAUGUCAGAUGCCAAGGUCAGACGAAGGUCAUUCAGUGCAGUUGCCAUUGUUAGCAGCUGUGAAAACCCCGAACAUACCACCACUUCUGCCACGGAUGAGUGUAAGGAAGCACCUUAUCAGAAAGCUGUGCUGACUUUAAAUAGAAUUUCUGUAGAAUCCCAAAUGUAG